AGUUUUCGUUCUUGUGUGUGUUAAACUUGUGGCAGUCAGCUGUUGGAUGUGCAGUGUUAAAUGUGUGUGAGUGGAUGUUGUGUGUGACUGUGUUCCCAGCUCAAUAGGACAACGUGAGAGAUAACAACAGGAGAUUUCCCCAUUUGUUUGGUGCUUUUAUCUAAAGGAAUAGCCUACCGACACCGAUUGUCACGCGCCCCGCUCUCUUGGCUCCCUGUGUUUCAGCUCCGUGCGUUUCUGUGUGCUAGUCCAGCAGGUCUCGAGGUAUCUGGUCAGUGGAGUGAGAAGUAAAUGUGAUCUCCUGAACCGGAGCCUGCAGAAGGAUAACAUGGCCUUAGCUGGGUGUCCGGACUACUUCCUCCUCCAAUCUAACUUCCAGGAAACUGUGGACCGGACUUCCUCACACAGACCGGACGAUUUGAAUGGUCAAGGGUUUCAACUCUCUGCCCAUCGGAACUCUGACCACCAAGAUGAUGUGGAUCUGGAGGCGUUGGUGAAUGACAUGAACUCCUCUCUGGAGAGUCUCUACUCCAGCUGCAAUACCCACACAGAGACUGCCCCGCUGCUGCACAACAGCCACGUGCACACCCCUCAUCACGGGCACGCUCCUCAUCGGCGCGGCUCUCGCUCCCAGCGCCCUACGCCCCCUAUUCCCCCCUCCUGCCCCCAAGAGAGGCUGUGUCGCUCCCAGCCCGUACACAUCAACGCCUUUAGGAGGCUCCAGGAGGAGCAGCAGCAGUGUCGUCCCUCCUCUCUCCCUGCCAUCAUCAACCCCUUCCCUGAACUCUGCACCCCCACUGGCUCUCCCAUCCUCAGCCUCAUACACACCACAGACAACCAUAUCAUCAAGGUGUACAGUGAGGAUGGAGCAGGGAAGGUGGUGGAGGUGCCGGCUGAUAUGAGGGCCAGAGACGUGUGUCAGCUCCUGGUCUAUAAGAGCCACUGUCUGGACGACAACAGCUGGAGCCUGGUGGAGCAUCACCCACUACUGGGCCUCGAGCGCUGUCUGGAGGACCAUGAGUUGGUGGUUCAGGUUCAAGCCUCUAUGACCAGCGACAGUAAAUUCCUCUUCAGGAAGAACUAUGCCAAGUAUGAAUUUUUCAGGAACCCCCUGAACUUCUUUCCGGAGCAGAUGGUGGCAUGGUGUCAGGUAUCUAACGGCUCCAUCCCCCAGUCACAGCUCUUACAGAACUUCCUGAACUCCAGCAGCUGUCCGGAGGUGCAGGGGUUCCUCUAUCUGAAGGAGUCUGGCAGGAAGUCCUGGAAGAGACUCUCCAUGUUCCUCAGACGCUCUGGACUAUACUACUCCACUAAAGGAUCCUCCAAGGAGCCCAGACACCUCCAGUUGUUGUCAGACCUGGAGGACAGUAGCGUGUUCACAGUGACCACAGGGAGGAAGCUGCACAACGCCCCCACUGAUUACCAGUUCUGUAUCAAGCCCGGUAAGGUGAGGAGUGAGUGUAAGGAGCUGAGGAUGCUGUGCGCCGAAGAUGAACAGAGCAGAUCCUGCUGGAUGACUGCCUUCAGACUGUUAAAGUAUGGGAUAUUACUGUAUCAGAACUACAAGACUCCCCAGCAGCGGAAGUCUCCUGUCUCACACUUCUCUACUCCUGUGAGGAGUGUUUCUGAGAACUCUCUGGUGGCCAUGGACUUCUCUGGCAGGACGGGACGCGUCAUAGAGAACCCUCUGGAAGCACAGAGCGCCGCGGUGGAGGAGGGACAGACGUGGAGGAAACGGGGUCACCGUAUGAAUGCUCUGGGCAGCCCCAGCCUCCUCCACCCAUCUUCUCUCAGCUCAGUGAUCCACAGAACACAGCUAUGGUUCCAUGGUCGCAUCAUUAGAGAAGAGUCGCACAAGAUGAUCAUGCAACAAGGACAAGUAGACGGGUUGUUCCUGCUGAGAGACAGUCAAAGUAACCCCAAGGCGUUUGUCCUGACCUUGUGCCACCACCAGAAGAUCAGACACUUCCAGAUCCUACCGUGUGAAGAGGAAGGUCAGAUGUUGUUCAGUUUGGAUGAUGGCUCCACCAAGUUCACAGACCUGAUCCACCUGGUGGAGUUCUACCAGCUCAACAGAGGGGUGCUGCCCUGCAAGCUCAAACACCCCUGUACCGCCGUGGCCUUGUGACCCUUCACCCCUGACCUCUGACCCGUGUACCAUACGCCUGCCCUCUGGUCUCACUGCACUACCCUCUGUCUGCAGUUAAAUUCUCUACCCUUUGUUCACUAGGUCGUCAAGUGUGCACUUAUUCACUCAUUCCUUGUGGAUUUAAAAGGAAAGGAGUGUUGGAAGCUGAUGGCACAUGCUUAGUUACACCAAUGCUUUUAAAAUGUAUGAGGGGUAGUGAACAAUUGCACACUUUGGGGGGAGGGGUGGGGAAUUGGAAAGUGGCCACACAGAUAGAUAAAUCGACAGACAAACAGACAUGUGGUGUACUAUAGUGAUCUGUGGAUCCAACCAAGCCCCUGUUUCCUCCUCCUUUACCCACCUCAGACAGACGAUAGACAUGGGGCUUGUUUCCCCGCACUUCUUUAUUGAUCAUCAGGGAUCGAAUCGAUCACAACGAUUGACCAUAUGUAAAAAUCAACCUGUGCAGUCCAGUCUUUAUAAGCUGAUCACCUGAUGCUUCAUGCUGCCUACUGGCUGACGUUGCCUUGGGGGCAUCCUGAAGCGUGACGUUGCCUUGGGGGCAUCCUGAAGCGUGACGUUGCCUUGGGGGCAUCCUGAAGCGUGACGUUGCCUUGGGGGCAUCCUGAAGCGUGACGUUGCCUUGGGGGCAUCCUGAAGCGUGACGUUGCCUGGGGGGCAUCCUGAAACGUGACGUUGCCUGGGGGCAUCAUGCCCUUCCUCUGCUUUCCUUAUUGGACCAACCAUCUCACUCUAUCUACGAUACUUUAUACACGGCCACUAGGAAGAGAAAAAGCUAACAACAAAAAGAACACAGAACAAAAACAAACUGUGUUGGCCGUUUGUUUGAAAUGGCAGAUGAUUGUUUGAGAUGUGGACUUCCCUGUCAGAGCUGAUGACGUUGCGAUGAUGUGGUAAUACUGUUGCAGAACUAUUUGCACUUCUGAACAGACAGCCUACAGUUCUCUUGUAAACUGAAUGAAGCUGAAUGCUCCUUCUCAACCUGCUCUUCCUCCUCUCUUUCUGCUCCUCAUGUCCUACUCUUCCUCCUCUUUCUUGUCCUGCUCUUCCUCCUCUUCUCCUCUUGUCCUGCUCUUCCUCCUCUCUUUCUUCUCCUCUUGUCCUGCUCUUCCUCCUCUCUUUCUGCUCCUCUUGUCCUGCUCUUCCUUCUCUUUCUUGUCCUGCUCUGCUCUGCCUCCUCUUUCUUCUCAUCUUGUCCUGCUCUUCCUCCUCUCUUUCUUCUCCUCUUGUCCCGCUCUUCCUCUUCACUUUCUUUUCCUCUUGUCCUGCUCUUCCUUCUCUCUUUCUUCUCCUCUUGUCCUGCUCUUCCUCCUCUCUUUCUUCUCCUCUUGUCCUGCUCUUCCUCCUCUCUUUCUUCUCCUCUUGUCCUGCUCUUCCUCUUCACUUUCUUCUCCUCUUGUCCUGCUCUUCCUCCUCUUUCUGCUCCUCUUGUCCUGCUCUUUCUCCUCUCUUUCUUCUCCUCUUGUCCUGCUCUUCCUCCUCUUUCUUCUCCUCUUGUCCCACUCUUCCUCUUCACUUUCUUUUCCUCUUGUCCUGCUCUUCCUCCUCUCUUUCUUCUCCUCUUGUCCUGCUCUUCCUCCUCUCUUUCUUCUCCUCUUGUCCUUCUCUUUCUUGUCCUACUCUGCUCUGCCUCCUCUUUCUGCCCCUCUUGUCCUGCUCUUCCUCCUCUCUUUCUUCUCCUCUUGUCCUGCUCUUCCUCCUCUCUUUCUUCUCCUCUUGUCCUUCUCUUCCUUCUCUUUCUUGUCCUACUCUGCUCUGCCUCCUCUUUCUGCUCCUCUUGUCCUGCUCUUCCUCCUCUUUCUGCUCCUCUUGUCCUGCUCUUCCUCCUCUUUCUGCUCCUCUUGUCCAGCAGUCCUCUUAUCUUUCUGCUCCUCCUUUCUGUGUAAGAAAUCCCAGCCUGCUGAUUGGAUUAGAUUGGAUUAGAGGCUGUAGAGCCUUUCAGGACUGAGAGCCGUGUCUCUCAGUCUUGAAAGGCUCUCCAACCUCUCUGUUCCUGCUACGUCCGGCUCCACCUGAUCCCAUCAGAACAUUUGGAAAAUCUAGAACAUUCCCUGCAAUCAACCCAAAAAUUCAGAGAGAUGAGAACGGAACGGAAGGAAGAGAAGUCUCACAAACCUGCCCCCUGCACCUUCAAUUUGGACUGUCAAGAGUUCAAUCUUUCAGGCUACGUUCCAAUACCCACACCAAUAUUGCACUUAGAACGUAUGCCCAAUGCAUUUUUUCACUGUAAGUGAACAAACCUCAUCACCGCCAGUCAGUAUUGUAUGAAUGUCAAUUAGUGUUCUCCAAGUCAGUUGUUAGCUUCCUACUGCAGUCAGCAUGAUGCUGUGUUCAAAUACUAUUUGAAAUCAUUUCAAAUACUUUCUGUGCUUGAUUGAGCUUGCCUGGCUUAAUAGACUAAUAUAACAGUCCCAAAACUUCAACCCCCACCCCUCUGGCACUCAAGGCAAUCUAGAGCAAACUCCCAAGUAUUUGAUACAUUUCAAGGAGUAUUUGAACCUAGGUUUGGCUGUAUUGUCCCUGACCCACACCUUGAUGUUGUAGACCAGGGGUGUCAAACUCAUUCCAUGAAGGACCUAUUGUCUGCUGGUUUUUGGUUUAUCCUUUCAAUUUGUGUCCAAUUAAGACCUAGACAACCAGGUGAGGGGAGUUCCUAACUGAUCAGUGACCAAUAGAUGUGAGAGGGUAUUCAUUCUCAGAAUGCAGGGAUCCAUUUAAAGCACUCCCCAACAUGCCUGUAUUUAUGUUGAAAUGUAUGCUAGAUUGACUUUGCUGCAGCCAUAGUUAAAUUAGUUUCUCUCGACUUAAAGUGAAUAUUGUGUGUGCGUGCAUGUGUGUGUGUGUGUGCGUGCGUGUGUGUGUGUGUGUGUGAAGUCAUAUUAUUAUAAUGCACAUAGUCAACCUAUCCUUUUAUCUGAAAUGUAUUAUGUUCCAAAUCCUCCUCUCCUGUUUAGGAAUGGAAAAAAGGGUCUAGUAGGAAGAUUUCUGUGAGUAUUGGGACUUAGCCAGCCCCUGUUUGGUCCUGUACCAUCCCGUCCUGUUUUGUCUGAUCUUGUUCUGUCUUGUCCCACCCUAUUCUGUCCUGAACUGUUCUGUCCUAAACUGUUCUGUCCCGACCCAUUCUGGCCUGUCCCGUCUUAUCCUGUCUCGUCCUUCUCAGUCUUCUAGCGUGAGGCAGCAGAGCUGUUGGCCUAGCAAGUGUGUGACAUAAUACCUGCUCAAAGCUUCCACCAGAUUUACUAGACGCACGCGCAAACACAUACACCGUCCCGUGCCAGAUUGACAAUUAAUAGCAAGGGGCUACCAGGCACUCUGCCAGGCCAGCUCUCUGAAUAACGUCACUGUUGUCACUCCCGUCCCAUCACUCCUGAACCAUACCUGACUCUACAGCUCUACAGGAGUCUGCACUACCAACCAAUCACAUACUUCACCUCACUCAGAAGCUCUGGCUAGACAUCUUAGUCAGUUAGGGCAGGCUAAAAUUUUAACCACCCGUCUGUCUCUCUCUGUCUCUCUGUCUCACACUCUCUCUCAAUCUUUGCCUCUUAAUCACUGUGUUAUAAUGCAAUCCUUCACAGAAGUCCAAUCAUAUGGAUGUACAGUAUAUAUAAAUUCAGCAUAUGAAUAUCUAUUUUAUAGAAUGUGAAACUAUGGAAAAGCUGUAGAUCUAACACUGUAUCUAGGUUUCAGAUCACUAUGAGCGCGUUCCAAAUGGCACCCUAUUCCCUAUAUAGUGCAGUAUUAAAGGGAAUAUGGUGCCAUUUAGGACACUACCUAUGUAUUGUGCGUUAUGCUUUUGCUCAUCACUCCGUCUCAAAUGGUGAAGAUUUUUUUUUCAUUAUUUGAUUUUAUCACAAAUUGAACUUUUAUAUAUAUAUAAAAAUAAUAUACCAGAACAUAAACAGUAUUAAAUUAAGCUUUCAAACUGGACUCUUAGCAUGCAUUGAAUUCUGUAGGAUGUAUAAGCUGACUGGCUCAGAAUGUUAACUGUCUAUGUAAGGACUUUCGAUGCUGUCAAAGUCGUGAGUCGCUGUCCUGAACAUGACUUAGGCCAGGAUUCAAUCAAAGGCGCGUUGUCGACAAGCCCACUGCACUGUCGACAAUGCGCCUUUCAAAUGCAAUUUCCCUGACGUUUGUGGAGAAUACAUUUAUGGUAAACGCUGCAGAUGUCGGCACAAGCGUAAAUUACCUUAAAAGUCGACAAAGCAUCUUUUGAUUGAUUCCGGGCCAUGCAGCUUUCCUUACAUCGGUGUUUCCAAAGCUUGGUCCUGGGGAUCCCAAAGGGUGCAUGUUUUGGUUUUUGCCCUAACACUACACAGCUGAUUAAAAUAAUAAAAAUUUGAUGAAAGUUGAUUAGUUGAAUCAGUUGUGUAGUGUUAGGGCAAAAACCAAAAUGUGCACCCAUGGGGGCCCAGGACCCAGUUUGGGAAUGGUGAGUCAUAUUGCUUACGUCACCCAUCGAGGUUUUCUGAUCUAGGCCUAUAUCAUAAAAAGGGCAUGAUCAAUAGUCUAGGGCAGGGGUAUUCAACUCUUAACAUACGAGGUCCGGAGCCUGCUAGUUUUCUGUUCUACCUGAUCAUUCAUUGCACUCACCUGGUGUUCCAGGUCUAAAUCAGUCCCUGAUUAGAUGGGAACAAUGAAAAAAAAGCAGUUUAAAUGGCUUCGAGGUCCAGAUUUGAGUUUGAGGGGGCUAGGGACUAGAGACUGAAACGGAACCAGCUAAGGAUAUCUCUCUCAUACAUUUAUCAAAUAAGCCAGGAGAAAAAAAAAAAAGUCAAUGUAAGGUUGGACGAAAGUUUCUUCUGUGCCAGUCUAGCCUUAUACCUUCCCUGUCUCUCUGCCCUAAACUCCAUGUACCGUAUCCAGGGUCCUGUUCCAUACGGCAAACCCUAGCAGAACCUUUUUGCAAGGUGAAACUAUAAUCUUGUUUGUUUCAAUUGGAUUUGUUCAGGUAGUUUCUUUGUUACACUUUGGUUUAAUACAUUUUUUCACUACUGAACACAAACCAUCUGUUCUGCACCACUCAAGCCCAUGGGGAAGAAUUCAAACUAACCCACAAUCCACAACAACCGACAUCGCACUGCACUUGGCUUUUGAGGGUAAUUGAUGUUUUAGCCGAUACCCGCUGCAUUUACCCGAAUAGGAUCUCCGCGAAUGUCAGCAAAAUUACCUUUUAAUAGUCGAAUGCAGUGUGCUGUCGGUGGGCGGCGCAUUGGGGUUUGUUUUAAUCCCGGCUCAUGUCUUUUAACGGAGGUGUCUGUCCACUCCUGUUCUCUCUGAGAGCUAAAUGUCAGGAAGACAUCUGAAUCAACCACGUUGUAUAUCCUGUUCAGGUAUUUUUGUACAAAGGGAUUGAUAUAAUCUCUGAUUAUUGGAAAUUAGAUUAAAAGGUGACAUUGUUAUGAACCAAAAA